CCGACGAGAUGCGCCGCAGAACCCCGACAGCGGACACGGAACCAACGGCGAAACCCCUACGGAUACAUGCAUUAAACAUAUGAGUGUUGAUGAACUGGCCGAGUGCAUACGGUAAACAGCUUAAUACGAAUUGGAUUGUGGGACAACGGCGCCGGGGACUUUAGGGUGCGCUUUACAGAUAUCCGAGCCACUCAUAAAUGCCGAUUCUCAGGCCGACAGCGCCGUUUGAACUCCGCACCACAUAUUCAUGCCAUUGGCGUCAAACUCUCUCUUCAAUACGACUGCGCAUGCUGUGCUGCCCGGUUGCCCGUAAUAACGUGAGCCCGUUGAACUUGGCCCUGGAGGACCACCUCAAAAACCCGGUUUCACAUCAUCCGUCGGGUCUGCCUCGUGCCGGUGCAUUCCAUCGGCGAUACAUGAACUCGACAUCAGCCAUGGCCUCAACCGAAGCGACUUUAAGGACUUUCUUCCAGUUCCCGAAGUAUGCCGUUGUUGGCGCAAGCACCAACACGGCCAAAUAUGGAUACAAGAUCUUCAGGUGGUACAUCACCCACGGCCUGCCCGUGACGCCCAUCAACCCAGGGGCACAAGCCAUCAACGUGGAGGGAACAGACUAUCCGACCGUGGGCGCUCUCUCCGACCUGCAAGGGACGGAGGAGACGGGCGUCUCCUUCAUCACGCCCCCUCACAUCACGCUCAAGACGCUAGAGGAGGCCAAGCGACUGGGGAUCCAAGCCAUCUUCCUGCAGCCGGGGACCUUCGACGACGAUGUCUUGGCCUAUGCGCGCGCCAACUUCAGAACCGUUCUCGCGGGAGGAGGAGGCGCGGGCUCCGAGGGCUGGUGUGUGCUCGUUGAUGGGGAGCGGGGUUUGGCCGCCGCUGGCAAGCUGUGAGCUUUGAGGGGUGCAGGAAGGGAAAUGGAUGGGCAAUGCUUGAGCUUGGCAGUGCGAGAACAAUCAUCCAUAAUUGGACAAUCACAUACGGCAAUGAGCACUCCA